AAAUCUCAUAAAAAGGUAUAACACCUCCGUUAUCAGCUAACAGAAGCUUUUAUCUAUUCUAAUAGUCCGCAACGGGCACACUGUUCGACACGCGUCCAUUAAAAGUUAACUAUGAGUGAAACGAUUUCCUGGGAAGCGCCACAAUGGCUAAAUAAAAUGUAUCUAGAGGAUGUGCUGAAAAAGUAUCUGCAAGAUGACACGGUUCGGCUGCAGGGAAUGGAACUGAAACCAGCCACGGCCAAGGGUGAAAAUUAUGCCAGUGUUAUGACAAGAAUAAAAGUCUCAUAUAAAACGGCGGGUGAUUCCAAGAUCCAAACUAUGCCCAUGAUUAUGAAAUGUUCCUACGAAAAUGAUCCCUUUGUGGCGAACAUUAUGAACGGCUACGAUGUAUAUAAUACCGAAAUGAAAAUGUACGAACAGGUAUUGCCUAAGAUUGCCAAAAUUCUCAAACAAUCCGGAGACAAUGAGAAAAUAUUUGCCACAACCUUUAAAGUGGACUAUGAGAGGUGUAGCAUUAUCUUUGAGGAUUUGGCAGCAACAAAUUAUGGCCUUGCCGAUCGUCUUAAGGGUUUGGAUAAGGAUCAUACCCUUGUGGUUCUAAAGAAAUUGGCGAAGUUUCAUGCAGCUGCAGCAGUGUUAAAUGAACGUAUGGAUGGUGCCUUGGAAUCGUUUCAGAGGGGUUUAUUUAAUCGCCAUACUCGGGGUUUGGGUUGUAUGUUCGAGCAUUUUACCGAAACCUGUGCAAAUUUUGCCAAAACUUGUCCCGACCUGGGUGUGUAUUAUUAUGAUAAGCUUAUGAAACUCCAGUCCCAUGUUGUGGAAUAUGGCAUCAAGGCCACCUCGAAGUGGAAUGAAGCAGAUUUUUAUACCUUAUGCCAUGGUGAUUUGUGGAUCAACAACAUGUUAAUGCAGUAUCGGAAUUCUAAGAGUUCUCAACAGAAAUUGGAGAAUCUGCUAUUUGUGGACUUCCAAUUCAGCAAUUGGUCUUCACCGGCAGUUGAUUUGUAUUAUUUUUUCAAUACCUCGCUGGAGCCGGAGUUGCAAAUGGAUGUCCAUUUCUUGGCUGAAAUGGUACAAUUCUAUCAUUCAAUUUUGAGUGAAAUGCUGAAGAAAUUCAAGUACAACGGUCACGUGCCGACAUUGCAUGAGUUGUGGGUCCAAUUGGAGGAAAGGAAGUUUUUGGCCCUUAUAACGACCCUGACAAACCAGGCAGUGGCCACAGUGGACGAAUGUGAUGAUGCUGACUUCCAUUGUUUGGUCGAUGAUACCGACAGAGCCAAGAAGUUCCGUUUGGACUGUUAUAGAAAUAAACGCCAUCAAAAUAUUAUUAAACAAAUUUUGCCAUACUUUGAUCGCUGUGGUUUGCUGGAUGUACAAUAAAAAGGGUUUGGAAUAAGA